AUGGACAUGGACGUGGACGUGGACGCGGACGUGGACGUGGACGUGGACGUGGACUUGGACGUGGACAUGGACGUGGACGUGGACGUGGACGUGGACGUGGUCGUGGACGUGGACGUGGACAUAGACGUGGACGUGGACGUGGACAUGGACUUGGACGUGGACGUGGACGUGGACGUGGUCGUGGACGUGGACGUGGACAUAGACGUGGACGUGGACGUGGAGGACUUGGACAUGGACAUGGACGUGGACGUGGACGUGGACGUGGACAUGGACGUGGACCUGGACGUGGACGUGGACGUGGACGUGGACAUAGACGUGGACGUGGACGUGGACGUGGACGCGGACGUGGACGUGGUCGUGGACGUGGACGUUGACAUGGACAUGGACGUGGACGUGGACGUGGACGUGGAUGUGGACGUGGACAUGGUCGUGGACGUGGACGUGGACGUGCAUGUCGACGUGGACGUGGACGUGGACGUGGACGUGGACAUGGUCGUGGACGUGGACAUGGACGUGGACGUGGACGUGGACAUGGACGUGGACGUGGACGUGGUCGUUGACGUGGAGGACUUGGACGUGGACAUGGACGUGGACUUGGACGUGGUCGUGGACGUGGACGUGGACGUGGUCGUGGUCGUGGACGUGGUCGUAGACGUGGACGUGGUCGUCCACGACGUGGACUUGGACGUGGACGUGGACGUGGACCUGGACGUGGUCGUGGACGUGGACGUGGACAUGGUCGUGGACGUGGACGUGGACGUGGACGUGGACGUGGACGUGGACGUUGACGUGGACGUGGACGUGGACCUGGACGCGGACGUGGACGUGGACCUGGACGCGGACGUGGACGUGGACGUGGACGUGGACGUGGACGUGGACAUGGACGUGGACGUGGACGUGGACGUUGACAUGGACGUGGACGUGAACAUGGACGUGGACGUGGACGUGGACAUGGACGUGGACGUGGACGUGGACGUGGACGUGGACGUGGAGGUGGACAUGGACGUGGACGUGGACUGGACGUGGACGUGGACGUGGACGUGGACGUGGAGGUGGACAUGGACGUGGACAUGGGUGGACGUGGACGUGGACGUGGACGUGGACAUGGACGUGGACAUGGACGUGGACAUGGACGUGGACGUGGACGUGGACGUGGACGUGGACGUGGACGUGGACGUGGACCUGGUCGUGGACGUGGACCUGGUCGUGGACGUGGACGUGGACGUGGACGUGGACGUGGACGUGGACGUGGACGUGGACGUGGUCGUAGACGUGGACAUGGACGUGGACAUGGACGUGGACGUGGACGUGGACGUGGACGUGGUCGACUUGGACGUGGACAUGGACGUGGACGUGGACGUGGUCAUGGACGUGGACGUGGACGUGGACGUGGUCCUGGUCGUGGACGUGGUCGUAGACGUGGACGUGGCCGUCCACGACGUGGACUUGCACGUGGACGUGGACGUGGACGUGGACGUGGUCGUGGACGUGGACGUGGACAUGGACGUGGUCGUGGUCGUGGUCGUGGACGUAGACGUGGUCGUGGAUGUGGACGUGGACGUGGACGCGGAGGACGUGGACUUGGACGCGGAGGACGUGGACGUGGACGUGGACGUGGACGUGGACGUGGACGUGGACAUGGACGUGGACGUGGACGUGGACGUGGACGUGGACGUGGACAUGGACGUGGACGUGGACGUGGACUUGGACAUGGUCGUGGACGUGGACGUGGACGUGGACAUGGACGUGGAUGUGGACGUGAUCGUGGACGUGGACGUGGACGUGGACGUGGACGUGGACGUGGACGUGGUCGUGGACGUGGACGUGGACCUGGACGUGGAUGUGGACGUGGACGUGGACGUGGACGUGGACGUGGACGUGGACGUGGACCUGGACGUGGUCGUGGGACACGUGGACGUGGACAUGGACGUGGACGUGGACGUGGACGUGGACGUGGACGUGGUCGUGGACGUGGACCUGGACGUGGACAUGGACGUGGACGAAGGCGUGGACGUGGUCGUGGACGUGGACCUGGACGUGGACGUGGACGUGGACGUGGACCUGGACGUGGACGUGGUCGUGGACGUGGACCUGGACGUGGACGUGGACGUGGACGUGGACCUGGACGUGGUCGUGGACGUGGACGUGGACGUGGACGUGGACGUGGACGUGGACGUGGACGUGGACGUGGACGUGGACGUGGAUAUGGACGUGGACGUGGACGUGGACAUGGACGUGGACAUGGACGUGGACGUGGACGUGGACGUAGACGUGGACGUGAAUAUGGACGUGGACGUGGAUGUGGACGUGGACAGGGACGUGGACCUGGACGUGGACGUGGACGUGGUCAUGGACGUGGACAUGGACGUGGACGUGGACGUGGACAGGGACGUGGACACGGACGUGGACAUGGACGUGGACACGGACGUGGACACGGACGUGGACAUGGUGGACGUGGACAUGGACGUGGACGUGGACGUGGACGUAGACAUGGACGUGGACGUGGACAUGGACGUGGACGUGGACGUGGACAUGGACGUGGACGUGGACGUGGACGUGGACGUGGACGUGGAGGUGGACAUGGACGUGGACGUGGACAUGGACGUGGACGUGGACGUGGACGUGGACGUGGACGUGGAGGUGGACAUGGACGUGGACAUGGUCGUGGACGUGGACGUGGACAUGGACGUGGACAUGGACGUGGACGUGGACGUGGACGUGGACGUGGACGUGGACGUGGACGUAGACGUGGACGUGGACGUGGACGUGGACGUGGACGUGGACCUGGUCGUGGACGUGGACCUGGUCGUGGACGUGGACGUGGACGUGGACGUGGACGUGGACGUUGACGUGGACGUGGACGUGGACGUGGACGUAGUCGUAGACGUGGACAUGGACGUGGACAUGGACGUGGACGUGGACGUGGACGUGGACGUGGUCGACUUGGACGUGGACAUGGACGUGGACGUGGACGUGGUCAUGGACGUGGACGUGGACGUGGACGUGGUCCUGGUCGUGGACGUGGUCGUAGACGUGGACGUGGCCGUCCUCGACGUGGACUUGCACGUGGACGUGGACGUGGACGUGGACGUGGUCGUGGACGUGGACGUGGACAUGGACGUGGUCGUGGUCGUGGUCGUGGACGUAGACGUGGUCGUGGAUGUGGACGUGGACGUGGACGCGGAGGACGUGGACGUGGACGCGGAGGACGUGGACGUGGACGUGGACAUGGACGUGGACGUGGACGUGGACGUGGACAUGGACGUGGACGUGGACGUGGACGUGGACGUGGACGAGGACAUGGACGUGGACGUGGUCGUGGACGUGGACGUGGACGUGGACGUGGACGUGGACGUGGACGUGGUCGUGGACGUGGACGUGGACCUGGACGUGGAGGUGGACGUGGACGUGGACGUGGACGUGGACGUGGACGUGGACGUGGACCUGGACGUGGUCGUGGACGUGGACGUGGACGUGGACGUGGACGUGGACCUGGACGUGGUGGACGUGGACGUGGACGUGGACGUGGACGUGGAUAUGGACGUGGACGUGGACGUGGACAUGGACAUGGACGUGGACGUGAAUAUGGACGUGGUCGUGGAUGUGGACGUGGACGUGGACGCGGAGGACGUGGACGUGGACACGGAGGACGUGGACGUGGACGCGGUGGACGUGGAUGUGGACGUGGACAUGGUCGUGGACGUGGACGUGGAAAUGGACGUGGACGUGGACGUUGACGUGGACGUGGACAUGGACGUGGACGUGGACGUGGACAUGGUCGUGGACGUGGACGUGGACGUGGACAUGGACAUGGACGUGGACGUGGAUGUGGACAUGGUCGUGGACAUGGACGUGGACAUGGUCGUGGACAUGGACGUGGACGUGGUCGUGGACGUGGACGUGGACGUGGACGUGGACGUGGACCUGGACGUGGACGUGGACGUGGACGUGGAUGUGGACGUGGACGUGGACCUGGACGUGGUCGUAGACGUGGACGUGGACAUGGACGUGGACGUGGACGUGGACGUGGACGUGGUCGUGGACGUGGACCUGGACGUGGACAUGGACGUGGACGUGGACGUGGUCGUGGACGUGGACCUGGACGUGGACGUGGACGUGGACGUGGACCUGGACGUGGACGUGGUCGUGGACGUGGACCUGGACGUGGACGUGGACGUGGACGUGGACGUGGACCUGGACGUGGUCGUGGACGUGGACGUGGACGUGGACGUGGACGUGGACGUGGACGUGGACGUGGACGUGGACGUGGACGUGGAUAUGGACGUGGACGUGGACGUGGACAUGGACGUGGACAUGGACGUGGACGUGGACGUGGACGUGGACGUAGACGUGGACGUGAAUAUGGACGUGGACGUGGAUGUGGACGUGGACAGGGACGUGGACCUGGACGUGGACGUGGACGUGGUCAUGGACGUGGACAUGGACGUGGACGUGGACGUGGACAGGGACGUGGACACGGACGUGGACAUGGACGUGGACAACGGACGUGGACACGGACGUGGACAUGGUUGGGACGUGGACGUGGACGUGGACGUGGACGUGGACAUGGACGUGGACGUGGGCGUGGACGUGGACGUGGACGUGGCCUGCACGUGGAUAUGGACGUGGACGUGGACGUGGACGUUGACGUGGACGUCGACGUGGACGUGGGUGGACUUGGACAUGGACAUGGACGUGGACGUGGACGUGGACGUGGACGUGGACGUGGACUUGGACGUGGACAUGGACGUGGACGUGGACGUGGACGUGGUCGUGGACGUGGACGUGGACGUGGACGUGGACGUGAACAUGGACGUGGACGUGGACGUGGACGUGGACGUGGUCGUGGACGUGGUCGUGGACGUGGACGUGGACGUGGACGUGGACGUGGACGUGGACGUGGACGUGGAGGACUUGGACAUGGACAUGGACGUGGACAUGGACGUGGACGUAGACAUGGACGUGGACGUGGACGUGGACAUGGACGUGGACCUGGACGUGGACGUGGACGUGGACGUGGACGUGGACAUGGACGUGGACGUGGACGUGGACGUGGACAUGGACGUGGACGUGGUCGUGGACGUGGACGUUGACAUGGACAUGGACGUGGACGUGGACGUGGACGUGGACGUGGACGUGGACAUGGACGUGGACGUGGACGUGGACGUGGUCACGUGGACGUGGUCGUCCACGACCGUGGACUUGGACGUGGACAUGGACGUGGACGUGGACCUGGACGUGGUCGUGGACGUGGACGUGGACAUGGUCGUGGACGUGGACGUGGACGUGGACGUGGACGUGGACGUUGACGUGGACGUGGACGUGGACGCGGACGUGGACGUGGACGUGGACGUGGACGUGGACGUGGACGCGGACGUGAACGUGGACGCGGACGGACGUGGACGUGGACGUGGACGUGGACGUGGACGUGGACGUUGA